AGCUGACUCGCAGUGCUGUGUGUUUGUUUUAUUCAGCACUGGCUGUCAUGCAGGUGGAAUUUGCGUUUCGGCUUUUGCCACAGUGAUGGAGCAAAACUGAGCAACUGAGUUCAUCAGAUUCGGAGGAUUAGUGAUUUCAGAUCAGAUUCCAGACAGAACAAAUUCUCCACUCGCUAUUAAUCCGAUGUUAUGGAGCUGUCAUAGUGGCAUAUGGUACUAAACUGGAAAGGGUCUUGCUGCUGCGCACCUGAGGAUGGACAGUAUUUUGGAAAAAUAAACAGAACAGUAUUUUUUUAAGAAGCUCAGUAUAUAUUUUUUUCCCAUGUCACUGCGUCAAUCAUACCUUUUUUUCUGUGAAUAGCGCAAAGAUUUGUAUAGCUUGAUGACUUGAUGAUUCUCAUUCAUUCAUGUAUUGUGUAGCUGUGUAAAGCAGAACUGAAUGGGCAGUGAGAAUGCUCUCUGUAGCUGAGUGCACGGUUUAAACCAGCCUGCCAGCUCGACACGACAGCACCAACUGAGAAAUCGCAGUGAAAGCAGCUGUUUUUUUGUAUACACCACAUCAUGGAAGAAGUUAGUGGCAGUGAAUGUGUGCCCGAUCUGAAAGAGUUGGAGGUGAAGGUGGGGAGGAAGACGCCGGAGGGUUUGCUCAGGUGGAUGCGGCAGGACGCAGCGCAACGCGGCGAGCAGAGCAAAGUCAUCCGGCAGGAGAGCGCACACAGCGCCGAGCAUGCACUGGAUGAGAAGAUCAGGAAGCUCAAAGUCGAGAUGGCUCAUCUCCGGGCGGUGGAUGUGAGAAUCCUGCAACAACUCGUGGCACUGCAUGAAGGCAUUGAAGCAGCAAAGUGGCUUAUGGAAGAGCGUGGCAUGCUCACCAGCCACUGCAGCAGCCUGACGGGCAGUCAGUACAGUCUGGGAGGCAGCUGGAGCAGCCUACAUGAGCCCCACGACAAGCUGGACAACAUCUCCAUCGGCAGCUAUCUGGACACGCUGGCUGAUGAUCUGGAUGAAUACUGCACCUCCAGCGGGGCUGAGUCUGUGCUCUGCACCGCACCUUUGUGCACAGAUAACUCCAAAUCCUCACAGGUGAAACCCAAUGGCCCUAAAGAGGAUGUGAAACCUUCCAACCAUGAUGUGAGACCUUCCAACCAUGACUCUAACCAUGAAGAAGCUAGUAAGAGUAAUGCAGCUAAUACUGGAGUCCUGGAUAGUGCAGUUAAGCAAGACAAAGACUCCCCCAAGGCUCUUGCAGUUGAGAAGCUGGCGAAGACCCUGAGCCCUAAGGGUAAGAUUUACAAGAAUGGCAAGGUGGAGCUGGAAAGCUGCAAAAUGAGUGGCAAAGUGCACUUGGAGUACGAUGCACACUGGCGCUGGGUGCAGUCACAGGAUGAUGUGACAUUUUUGUGAAGGUUUAAAAGAUGCAACCAAAGUUGCUGGUUAUAUUUUGGACUUCAGAGCCUUAUUGGACAGAUUGAUUUUACUCUGGGAUUGGUUCAUAAGAACAUCCUCACACACUUUUGACUGACUGUCGAGCUUAAAUGAAUUCAGAUCUAGAGAUAUGAUGUCAAAGAUCAAAUGAAUUCAGAUCUAGAGAUAUGAUGUCAAAGAUCCCAAGGGGCCAAAGCUUAGAAAGCAUGAACUUUAUAUUUGUCUUUCCAUUCAUUUAUCUGUACAGAUGUUUAUCUAUUAAAACUAUUUUGCUCAGUGAUUCCCAGCCCUGGUGCUAGAGUAACUUGCCCUGCACAAUUUAGUGCUUUACGUCUUCUAACACUCCCACAUUGACUCAGGAAGGGCCUGUUAAUUAUCUGAUUAGUAGGAGGAGUGUUAUGGCGGGAAAACUAGCGAAAUGGAGGCAAGGAAAACACCGGGACUAGAGCUGGGAAUUGCUGGUGCAGUAUUUUUUAUGUGACUGUGGAAUCUGGUUUAUCAGUUAUUUCUCCAGUUCCUUUAAAUAUUUCUUUGCAGAGAUGUGGUUGAUAAUCUCAAGCAUUUUCUGUGUAUCAGUGUUAAUUAUUAGAUUUUCCUUUUCUUUAACUGUGCAAGUUGACCAAUACAAAAUCUGACAUUUAUUUUAAAGUGCUUUAGUUAAAAUAGCCAAUGAUCACUUUAAGAAAAUAAUAAAUUCUUAUUUUCAUGUAAACUCUGAAGGAGCCAAAAGACUGAGAUAUGAAUAGUGGGUAAGCUGACAUUUAUUAAAUAUUUUAGAGAGGACCAAAAUUUUUAGCUAUAAAAACACAUCAUAGUGAUAUUUUUCUAUUUAUUCUAAAGUUGAAAGUUCCAUAAAUAUAGUAUAAUCUGUACAAUGUGUCACUGUUUUUCAGUUGAUAUCACAUUUGCAGUAUAAAAUUAAUGCACAUUAAUGAUUGUUGCAACAGCACACUGUGGCAGACCCAUGCUCAGACUAUCAGGUUCAAGGUUGGAAUAUGCAAACAGAAAAGACAAUGAAAUCGAAUUAUUUUAGUGAUAACUGUUUAAUAAUUGAAGUUAGGGACUAAAGGGAACUUUAGGGAACUUACUGUAAUCUAACAUGGAAGGUCUUUAAUAUUGUUGUAUUGGUAGUUCAGAAUUGACUCAUAUGUAAAGACAGCAACAAAAAGUCAAAGAGCAAAUUUUAUUUGGAUAGCUGUGAGCAAUCAGGAUGAUUUCUGUGUGAACAUUAAACACAGAAUCUGCACCUAAGUGCAAAUGCUUGUGCAAUAUGAUUAAAUAUAUAAAAUAUAUAUAGUUAAUUUAAAUAUAUAUGUAAUUAAAUAAUUCAGAUAAAUGUGGCCUGUUGUUUUACGCUAGAUCAUGCAAAAGCAUUUUAACCAACUCUUAUGCAACCAUGUAGUAGUAUAGAGGCACAUUAAUGUAGUGAGAUCUUCAUGAUUGUGAAUGCAGGGAACUGAAUGCAUGAAAAUGUGUGGGUUUGUGUAUUUGAGAGGUCACACUCUGCUGUGGGGUCUGUAUUAAAGAAAUAGUAAUAUUAAUAAUUAAAAAAACACAUGCAGUGAAUUAAGUAAAUGCAGUUUUUAUAUUAGUGUUAACCCAUAUUAGUGCCACUGGAUGUGGUUUUGCCUGUUUUACUUAUGCAAAGACAACUGCACUGCUGUAACAGUUUUAUGUAAUGAAGCUAUAAAUGCUAUUUGACAUUUGAUGUGUUACCUAAUAAAUGGUGAUGUAUGA